AUGAUCCGUGUUGCGACCGCGAGAUCGAGAGGUCGAUCACGUGACCGCGUGUUGCCGCGUCUCGAAUCGCGCGUCGCACGCGAUCUACCGAGAUCUCCCACAGGCGUCAUGGUCUUCAAGCCCUUUAAGCCCCCUUUGAUUAGGAAACAGGAAUCAUCGACUGUUGAAGAUCCUCCCGCUAAGAAGCCCCGCUUAGAUAAUACCGCGGCUUCAGAAGAAGCACGCUCGCCGCGCGGUCGAAAGCCACUUCUCCAAGUCCGAAACGUGGGAAAGGAUUCGGCUCCCAAUGCAGCCUCAGCGGCAGAGCCGAUAAGUCUCGUUGGGGAUGAGCGGUUCUUCAAUGCUCUCUGGAGAAAGCCGAGCGCCAAAAAGAACAAAACAUGGGACGGGGAUGGUAUCCUCACGGCCCGAGCGGGCUUUGUGUUUUUGCGAGAUUUGACAGGCAAAGAUAUGGGCCGAGCAAUGUACGAAUCGGAGCUGGAGCCCGGGAAAAUGCUGUACGUGAGCGGCAAAGAGGUUGAAGUCGACUCAGAAAUCCCGCGCAAAGAAUACCUGGCGGGCCGGAAAGUGGUCGCGGCUACGAAGUCCACCUCUAGUCCACAAAUGCAGUCAAGAAAGAAGCCCCUGUCCUCGCUCAAGAGAAGCGAAGGAGGUGGCUCGACAACAAAGAUGUCCGGUCACUCCAACUCCUUGAAGCGCAAUGCAUCAAGCCUGGAAAAUAGCGCGAAAGCGAGCUCGGGAUUUGGGGCCUACAAAGCUCCAUUGCUCAAUAGUACGGUCGUGCCAACAUCUCAUCCAGGCGUGGUGGUUCCGCGUCAUGACCCAAAUGCGCCAGGCGCUUUGGUAAUGCCGCGGCCUGCUUCAGUGCCUGCUGGAAAGCAGAUUGUCGAUGUGGUGGUCGACCCGUUGCUAACCAAAAGCCUGCGACCGCAUCAGCGGGAAGGGGUCAAGUUUCUGUAUGAAUGUGUCAUGGGAAUGCGCGAUUUCAACGGGGAAGGGGCAAUCCUAGCAGACGACAUGGGGCUGGGAAAGACAUUGCAGACAAUCACCUUGCUGUGGACCUUGAUGAAGCAGAAUCCUAUAUAUGGAGAUCCGCCGGUCGUCAAGAAGGCAUUGAUUGUCUGCCCAGUAACACUUAUCAACAACUGGAAGAAGGAAUUCCGCAAGUGGCUGGGGAACGAGCGCAUAGGAGUGUUUAUUUUCGAUGAUAAAAGAAAACGUCUCACAGAUUUCACCAAAGGCAGAGCCUACAACAUCAUGAUCGUGGGCUACGAAAAGCUGAGAACAGUCCAGGAAGGCUUGGCCAAGGGCGUGGGUGUCGAUAUCAUUAUCGCCGAUGAAGGUCAUCGUCUGAAGACCCUCCAGAACAAGAGCGGCCAGGCUAUUCAGUCACUUAAUGCGACCAAACGAGUCAUUUUGUCCGGAACCCCGAUCCAGAACGACCUCCGAGAGUUCUUCGCUGGUGUUGACUUAAUCAACCCUGGUAUCUUGGGCACAUUCAAAGCUUUUAUCAGGGAAUUCGAGACGCCGAUUGUUCGGAGCAGGCAGCCUGAGGCCACCAGGAAAGACAUCGAGAAAGGAGAGUCAAGGAACGAGGAACUCAGAGAACUUACAUCCAAGUUUAUCCUUCGCAGAACGGCCGACAUAUUGGCCAAAUAUCUCCCACCGAAGACCGAAUAUGUGCUAUUCUGCAACCCGACCCGCGCCCAGGCCAACAUCUACCAGGGCGUCCUAGCGUCUCCCAUCUUCCAGACUGCCAUGGGCAAUGCCGAAAGUGCACUACAGCUCAUCACGAUCCUCAAAAAGCUCUGCAACAGCCCAUCGCUGCUCACUGCCAAAAACAAUGAUGACUCGCCGAACGAGACCAUGUCUGCAUUGAUCGAAUCCCUCCCGCAGAAUCUCCUCCGCCAUCUGUCAGCCUCUGCAAGCGCCAAGAUCCGCGUUCUCGACCAAAUACUAGACAAUAUGCGAAACAACACGGGAGAGAAAAUUGUCCUCGUAUCAAACUACACGUCCACCCUCAACCUUCUUGCCACACUCCUCACAUCCCUCGGCUUCCCUUUCCUUCGACUGGACGGGAGCACACCCACUCAAAAGCGCCAGCCCCUAGUGGACGACUUCAAUCGGCUCCCUGCAGACUCGUGCUUCGCCUUCCUCCUCUCCGCGAAGGCAGGCGGAACAGGCCUGAACCUAAUAGGCGCCAGCCGUCUCGUUCUCUUCGAUGUAGACUGGAAUCCCGCAACUGAUAUCCAAGCCAUGGCCCGUAUCCACCGCGACGGUCAAAAGCACCAUUGCCGUAUCUACCGGAUCAUUCUGAAAGGCAGUCUGGAAGAAAAAAUCUGGCAGCGCCAAGUAACCAAGCUUGGAUUGGCCGAUAGUGUCAUGGAGCACAAGGAUAAUGUGGCCCAGUUUUCAACCGCCGAGCUGCGCGAUCUCUUCCGGCUCGAUGAGGAGAGCCGCUGCCAGACUCACGAGUUGCUUGGCUGUGAGUGUGGAGGCAAGGGCCUGAUGCCAUCCGCUUCGUCUGGUACUACCACGCCCACUGCAAGAGACGACGGCGGGAGCGACGAGGAGCCAUCGGAGCGAAGUGAGACUGCGUCUGAAGACGAGGACGAGCCGAAUCUCCCGAAGCUCAUGAAAGCGUCAGAGGUCGAUAUGGAAAAGCAGGAGCGGGAUAUUCGUGAGAACUCGCGGACGCGCCGUAAACAGAAGGAUAAGAUGCAUCAGUCCCUGGCACUGUACUCGCACAUUGAUCCCUCUCUCCUAUCUGCAGAGGCGGAGGAUGAUGAGGAUCUGGCUGCUGCUGUCGAUGACGAUGUGCUUGUCUCGUUGCUUAAGGAUGAAUGCAACCGGAUUGGGUACAUUUUCAAGAAGAGUAACGGCGCGGAAGUGGAAGAAUAA